AGAUGGGUUAAUUCUGCCAAGUUGUGUGCAUCGUUCCACAUUCGUAAAAAUCGUACCAGUAAUUAUGUGAAAUGAAAAAGUUCAGAAAGGUAAAUCAAUUCGUGUUGAUUUACGAUAUUAUAAAAUAAUAGAGUGAAACCAUCGGUUUUGAUAGGUUAUGUAAACUUUGAUAAAAAUGUUGUAUACUUUAGUAAGUUACGGUAAGGGGUGUUAUAUUACGCAACUUCACUGUGUAUAAGAAGUUAUGGCCUACAGCCCCAUCGAGCAAGACUGUGAUUUUAGUGACUACGAUCUGUACAGCAAAACCCCACCACGCACAAAAAUUUUGCGUAAAAAUCGUGAACGCAGACAGAAACACAAAGAUACAAGCACCAUGUCUUCUCCUAAAGUAAUUAAGCCGAAGCCCUUAAGUCGGCGGAACACAAUCAGCAGCAUGUUUGAGGAGCUUGUUGCUAAGGCCGAAAAUGACUCUGAUCAAGGUUCCAAAAGGGCCAACAAACGCCAGUUAAAAAUGCUACGUGGAUCUGAACGCGACCUGAAACUGGACAUUGCGAGUGCUCAAGCCGCCUCCGAGAAAAACCAAGAAUUCAAACACCCCAAAACGCCUCAACCUAGCUACCAAAUCGAGAGUUGUAAAAGGUUCAUGAGUUUGUCAUGUCGGACAGUCCCUUGCUCUAAAUUAUUGAAAAGUAAAAAAGACAAUAAAGUGAAAUGUGACGAGAUAAGCAAUGAGGAGUGUUCUGAAAAUCGAGUCGAUUUUUACAACACUUUCUCAAUGUUAAUUCGAAUGGGCUGUGGUGAUAAAACCCAGGAAAUGAGUCAUAGACGUGCUUUGAGUAGGGAGGAGCAUAUGUGGCAAAACGAAAUAAAAGAUUUAAUUUGGCUUGAAUUGCAAGCUUUCCACGCUGACCGAACACCAAGUGAAGAAGACAGAUACUUGUGUGCUGAGAGGGAAAAAGUCGAGCCUCUCUUGAGAGAUAUAAUGACUUAUCGUUACCAAAAAAAUUCCAAAUGUUAUUCGACUCAAAACAGCGACAGUGGAGUUGAAGACGACUGUACUGGUUGCCUUUCAAUCUACUGUAGUUCGUGUCUUGAGGCACAAAAUGAGGCUCUUAAAGAUGUUGAGGAACUGAUGCAACGAUUAUCAGCGGCGGAAGCUCUGUUUCCUUCAGGGCACGCUUUUGCUGAGUUAUAUCCAUUAUACAACAGUCCUGAGUUUAUAACUAGGGUCAAAGCCAUUAGUUUAUGGUACAACAUGACUAGGCAGCAGAGACUGAAGCUAAUGAUUCUAGUUAAAUUAUUAGAAAAUAAAGUCAACAGAGAUGAUGAUAAAAACGGGACGGAAUCAAACAGUCCCAGUGAUAGCAAUAACAGUUCUUCAUCUUCAGUAAACGAGUCGUUUUAUGAUUGCAAGUCGAGUCAAGAUGCUACUGUUUUCUCUUUUGCUCCUUUUCCAUUUUUGUCUGUGCAUAAGUCUGAGAGCACAGUCUCGCCUUAUCGAAAAUACAUCGAAAAUAUCCUCAAAACACGAUCUCUUCACAAAAGUUUGAGUUUCUUAGAUCACCUCCAAAUGGUCGUUUUGCGCCGAGUCCAACUGACUUUGACAAAACCGGAAACAGACGAUAUUUACACUAAAGUAACUUGUGAAACUGAAGAUGAAGAGUUGCAACGUUUUGGAUGCUUGAGUCCUGAAGCAAAGGCUUUGAAUUUACCAUCGUAUCGGGCAAUUUUUCUUUUUCUCGCCGCCAUUCCUCUCAAAAUGAUCCACGAGUUUUUGAAGAUGCGUUUGGAACAAAAACCUGAAAAACCAUCUCCUUUGAGUGUCCGCCAACUGAUGAGAGAGCUGAAAGAGGGCCUGAAAAUCGCGACUCAGCAAAAAGAGAAAAUUUUGAAAUACAUCGAUGGUGCCAUUUCUGAGAGUAAAAAACCGAAUGAUGUGUUUGAAGAGAAGAUGAAGGAUUAUAACGAGUGUAUGUUGAGGGUUUUUAGUGACUAUUUGGACUAUUUAGAACAGUGGGCUUUGUUACAUCAUGAGACUUUUCAGAAGAACUUGUUGGAAGAAGAGUGGCAUUUUUCGUGUAAUGUGAUUAAACAUAUUCCGGGUGGGUCAGAACUUUUGGGGAAAAAGUUUGUGUUUAUUUUGUGUUCGAUUUUAAAAUCGGUCUCUGAAAGACUACAUGAUCGAAUCGAGGAUGUGCUUUGCAACAUGCCCAAAGACGAUAAAAAUAUGAUUAAACAAACUGUAUUCGUCGUUUGUCGCGAAAUGCAGUCUAUUUUUAACGAAGAGCGCGAAAUGAGCAUCAAAACCAUCGCCUUUUGCAAGACAGUCUUUCGCCAUGACCUUCCGGCUGAUUGCAGAUCAGAAUUGGCAGGCGCUAUAAUUUCGCUAAAAUGUUCAAUCCCCGACGCCAUAGGCCGCGUCCAAACCGAAUUCGACCAAAUCAAACUAGACUCAUUUGAAGAAAUCGAGCGAACGGCUCUGGUCUCUCGCACAAGGGAAAUCUUAAUGCAAGGGUAUCGUUUUGGCUUCGACUUUUAUAAAGAAAUGUCCGAUAGCAUCCCCAGCGAAAAGCGCGAGAAACUUGCGAGAAGUAUGGUACAAUUUGCGAAUUUGUGGAUGAAAUUCGUUACUGAGCGAUGCGAGAGAGGGCGAGGUAUGAGACCACGAUGGGCUUAUCAAGGGUUGGAGUUUCUGUUAACUGUGUGUGAACCUCGAAACACCAAACAUUUGACGGAAGAAGAGUUUGAAGAUCUGAAGAAGAAUAUGGAUGUUUGUAUAAGUCAUGUGAUAGGGACUACGGCUCCAUCGACGCCGGAAUCUGGGUUUUAUUCAGCGUCGCCGAGGACUUCGAUUGAACAUAUAAGGGCCAGAUCGAGGGGGUCUUCUCCAAGUCCGAGGCCCUCGUAUAAGAGCCAAAGAUCGAAUAGUCGCAAAACUAGCAUGGAACAAGGAUCGCCAGUUAUAGAUCAUUUGGAUGCUGUUAGUUUUAAUACGCACAGCUGUAGAAAGGACGAAGCAAACGAGCGAUUAACUUGGAAGCAACUCCGAUUAGAGUCAAUCGAAACUCUCGAAAAUUACCUUGACGCUAAAUUAAGAAAGCAGCAAUUAAUCGGCAAAGUGGUGACCUGUAGUAGCGGUAUCGAAAAAGUCCACAUCCGUCGAAGAUUGCGCGAAGUGACCUUCACCUGGCAGAGAGGCAUCAAAAUCGGGCAAGGCCGUUUCGGCAAGGUUUACACCGCUGUUAAUAAUAAAACCGGCGAAAUGAUGGCAGUCAAAGAACUACCUCUUCAACAUAACGAUACUCACACCAUCAAGCGAGUGGGCGAAGAAAUGAAAAUUUUAGAAGGCAUUGUUCAUCGUAAUUUAGUCAGAUAUUACGGAGUUGAGAUUCAUAAGGACGAAAUGCUGAUAUUCAUGGAAUUCUGCGCCGAAGGAACUCUGGAAACUUUAGUGGCAGCUAGCGAGAACGGACUACCCGAACUUCUAGUUCGACGGUACACUUUUCAACUAGUUUCUGGAGUGGCCGUUUUGCACGACCACGGAAUCGUACAUAGAGACAUAAAAACGGCGAAUAUUUUCUUGACUGAAAAUGGCAACUGCUUGAAAAUUGGAGACUUCGGAUGUGCAGCUAAAAUCAAGUCGCAUAGUACGAUGCCGGGGGAAUUACAGGGGUUCGUGGGGACGCAAGCGUACAUGGCACCUGAAGUGUUUACACGCAACAUGAGCGAAGGUCACGGCCGAGCCGCGGAUAUAUGGUCGGUGGGUUGUGUGGUGGUGGAAAUGGCGUCUGGGAAGCGGCCUUGGGCACAGUUUGAUUCUAAUUACCAGAUUAUGUUCAAAGUGGGAAUGGGACAAAGUCCUGAUCCUCCCGAUCAUAUGACUGACGAAGGGUUAGAUUUUUUGGAAUUGUGUUUCCAACAUAAUCCCAAAGACAGGGCUUCGGCCCAAGAGUUACUAGAUCACACGUUUGUUAAACUUGGUGAUGACCUUAUCUAAGUAUUAUGUACCUAAUAUACCUAAAAUAUUAUUUUAAGUUUUUAUGUAAUAAUUAAUCUCAUUAUUUUUUAUACAUAUCAUUCGAUUAUUUUAAGGCUGAUUGUGUUUCUUAAAUGUGUAAUUACCGUUUGUGUUUUUAUCUAGACAGUUGUCUAAUUUUAAAGUCGUUGAUUGAUAGAAUGUGAUAUUUAAGCACCAUUUUAGGUGGUGGACUUUAGGUAUGGAUCAUUGUUGCAACUAUCCAAAUAUUAUUUUGAAUAAACAAUAAGUUUA